AUGGUCCGAGGAAUAGAGGGAAACGAAAUGUCGACUCCGAAGACUUCGUCUCAGAAGAAGCAGCCAGCAUCAGGUUCGCAAUCCAUCAAGAACCAGAAGUCCAUCCUGGGUUUCUUCCAGAAGAAGCCGACCAACUCGCCCACGCCUACACGCGAGACGAAACAGGAGAUCAACACACCCACUCUCUCGAAGAACCUUUCGGCAUCGCUCACGCCCCAACCAAGCAGCGACCCUGUCCAACCGUCGAGUCCCAUCCGGCAAGAGCGAGGGAUCAGUCAGGGAAAGAAUAAAGAGAAUGGUCUGCAUGCAUCUACGGCCCGAAAGACGGUCAAUUAUACCGAAUCGGACGAAGAGGAUGACGAUGUAUUCAAACCGAUUGCCAACGGAGCGCGGACAGGAAGGGCUACCAAGCGUAGAAAGGUGGUCAUAGAUGAUGAUUCGGACGAUGAAUUCGAACUUGAUGAAGCGACACAGCAAGCCUUAGUUGAAGAAGACAUCGACGACUUCAUCGCGCCGGAUGAUUCUGAAGAGGAUGCCCCUUCGAACAAACGCAAGCGUCAACGACCCAUGAAGCCGAGCACAAAGACAGCAAUGCCAUCUUCACCGUCUGUGCCUAUGAAGAGCGAUGACAGCGACGACGGGAAAGACAUUCUCAUGGACGGUGUACCUUCCACUGCACAGCAAUGGAAAUACGACCCGGACAAUCUCGAGCCCUUGAACCCUCGUACAGCUAUAAGGGUACCGAAGACGAAUGUAAGUAAGGGGAAGACCAAAGCUUCAGCCACGGCACCCGAGCAGCGACACGAAUGGCUCACAGAUAUCCGUGAUGCGGACCGGAAGCCUCCAGAUCACCCAGAAUAUGAUCCACGAACUCUAUAUGUCCCACCUGGGGCAUGGAAAAAGUUCUCGCCCUUUGAAACACAGUACUGGGAGAUCAAGCAGAAAUUCUGGGACUCGAUCGUGUUCUUCAAAAAAGGAAAAUUCUACGAGCUUUAUGAGAAGGAUGCGGUGAUCGGUCACCAGCUUUUCGACUUGAAGCUGACUGAUCGGGUCAAUAUGUGCAUGGUCGGAGUACCCGAGGCAUCGCUUGACCUGUGGGCUAAUCAAUUCGUCGCCAAAGGGUAUAGGGUGGCCCGAGUAGAUCAGAUGGAGUCUGCUCUUGCGAAAGAGAUGCGCGAGAGAGGUGAAAAGAAGCUGGCGAAGGCCAAGAAGGAGGACAAGGUCAUUCGACGUGAGCUGGCCGGUGUCCUCACCUUGGGCACCCUUACUGAAACCGGUAUGCUGACAGAUGACAUGUCAACAUACUGCAUGGCCAUUAAGGAGAUUGACCGUGACAAUCUACCCGCCUUCGGCAUCGCUAUCGUGGAUACUGCCACGGCGCAAUUCCAGCUUUGCGAGUUCACGGAUGACAUCGACAUGACCAAAUUUGAAACACUUAUAGCGCAAAUGCGACCGAAAGAGCUUCUCAUAGAAAAGUCAUGCAUUUCUGCGAAAGCUCUACGCAUCUUGAAGAACAAUACUACUCCAUCGACGCUCUGGAAUUACCUUAAACCUGGCAAAGAGUUCUGGUCUGCUGACGACACCAUUCGCGAGAUCGAAGCGUCUAAGUACUUCGAGUCCGCCACUGAAGAUGACAUCGAAGCGUGGCCUCCAGUUCUACGCGAGGCUCGCGAUCACAGUUUGGCAAUGUCAGCUUUCGGCGCCCUACUGCAGUACCUUCGCGUCCUCAUGAUCGAACGCGAACAGGUCACUCUAUGCAACUUUGCAUGGUACGAUCCAAUUCGGAAAGCUACUAGCUUGGUACUUGACGGUCAAAGCCUGAUCAAUCUCGAAAUUUUCGCAAACAACUUCGAUGGUUCUGGUGAGGGUACGCUGUUCAAGAUGCUCAACAGGUGCAUCACGCCGUUCGGCAAGAGACUGCUGAAGCAAUGGGUGUGUCAUCCUCUAGCAGAUGCAAAGAAAAUCAAUGCACGGCUCGAUGCUGUUGAUGCGUUGAACUCAAAUCCCGAUGUUACGGAAAGCUUUACGGCUUCACUGGGUAAACUACCGGAUCUGGAACGAUUGAUCUCCAGGAUACACGCCGGACGCUGCAGAGCUCAAGACUUUUUGAAUGUCCUCGAAGGAUUCGAACAGAUUGAGUAUUCCUUUGGGUUGCUCAUGAAAUUCAGCGAAGGUGACAGUAUCAUCGAACAACUCGUCGCCUCGAUGCCAGAUCUUUCCAGCGUCUUAGAAGAUUGGAAAACUGCAUUCGAUCGCAAGUUUGUAAAGUCUGAUGGCAUACUCGUUCCUGCACCAGGUGUAGAGGAGGAUUUCGACAACAGCCAGGAAGAGAUUAGUACCUGUGAGGCGAAUUUGAAUCGACUAUUGAAGAAAGCCCGGACGGAUCUCACCUGUACAGCUAUCGUCUACAACGACAUUGGAAAAGAGAUAUACCAAUUCGAGGUGCCUAAGAAGGUCAAAGUGCCGAAGGAUUGGGAUCAGAUGUCUGCCACUGCCAAAGUCACACGAUACUACUCGCCCGAAUUACGUAAACUCGUUCGAGCGCUUCAAGAAGCGCAAGAGACCCACGGACAGAUUGUUCGGGAUGUGGCUAGUCGCUUCCACGCACGUUUCGACGAGCACUACGCGACUUGGCUCGCUGCCAUUAAAGUUGUUGCUCAACUUGAUUGCCUUAUCAGUCUUGCGAAAUCAUCGUCCUCGCUUGGAGAACCAAGUUGCCGUCCAGUGUUUACCAACGAGGAACGCACAGUUGUGGAUUUCCAAGAACUACGGCAUCCCUGCAUGUUGAACACCGUGAGCGACUUCAUCCCGAACGAUAUAACACUAGGCGGUCAUACUCCCAGUAUCAACCUACUUACGGGUGCCAACGCCGCUGGCAAGUCGACCAUCCUUCGAAUGACAUGCAUUGCCGUAAUCAUGGCACAAGUCGGCUGCUAUGUGCCUUGCACAUCUGCUACGCUCACUCCCAUCGAUCGUAUCAUGUCUCGUCUUGGUGCCAACGACAAUAUAUUCGCUGCCCAAUCAACCUUCUUCGUCGAACUGUCUGAAACACAGAAGAUACUAGCCGAGGCCACGCCGCGAUCAUUGGUGAUUCUGGACGAGCUUGGCCGUGGUACCUCGUCAUAUGACGGUGUAGCAGUCGCGCAAGCCGUUCUUCACGACAUCAGCACUCGCAUCGGCUGUGUCGGCUUCUUUGCUACCCACUAUCGCUCUUUGGCGAAGGAGUUCGAAGCUCACCCGGAGAUCUCGAAUAAGAGGAUGCGUAUCCAUGUGGACGAUGCUUCACGGUCCAUCACCUUCCUAUACAAGCUUGAAGAUGGCGUCGCUGAAGGGAGCUUUGGUAUGCACUGUGCAGCUAUGUGCGGAAUCCCUAGCAAGGUCAUCGAGAGUGCGGAAGUUGCGGCGAAAGAGUGGGAACACACGUCGCGCCUGGGAGAACGAAUGGAGGUAAGGAAAGAGGAGGGCGGGGCGUAUUUGCCCCUCGGGAUACAGAGCGAUAUUGCUUGGGCUAUGCGGGAGGGCAUCCAGGGUGUUGGGGACAGAGCGUUGGACACCCUCAGGGCUGCCCUUGCUGCCCUAUAA